GACCUAUCGUCGCAAAAGGCGGCGGUGGCCAUUGAAGGCGGCGGGAGCUAUGUCUGCUCUUGGCGUGUGGCACACUCGCGGCGAUGCCGCUCGCUUCCAUUGCUCAGGGGAGAGGAGGGCGUUUAGCGAUGUUGGAUCUUGCUGUCGCCGCGGGCCUGGCCGUGAAACCUCCGGGAGAAACAGGGCCGCCUCCAGUGGUGCGCAUGUGUAGGUGUGAUGUGGCGGCGCAAAGCGGUACGGGGUUGAGAUCCGCUACCGUAAAGCGCGGAUGAUGUCGGCUCUACCGAUUUCCCCGGAGCUGCGGGCUUUCGAGAAGCGGCUGCUGGUGACAGGCGGCGCGGGGUUCAUUGCUUCACAUGUAGUUGUCUCCCUAGUGAAAAACUAUCCAAACUAUCUGAUUAUAAAUCUAGAUAAGCUAGACUACUGUGCAAGCCUGAAGAACCUUGAAACUGUCUCUGAGAAAGAAAACUACAAGUUUAUCCAGGGAGAUAUUUGUGAACCCGAUUUCAUAAAACGGCUCUUUGAAACUGAGAAAAUAGAUAUAGUCCUUCAUUUUGCAGCCCAGACACAUGUAGAUCUUUCAUUUUGGCGUGCCCUGGAAUUCACUUACGUGAAUGUUUAUGGCACUAAUGUGCUGGUUGCUGCUGCGCAUGAAGCCAACGUGGAGAAGUUUGUCUAUGUUAGUACAGAUGAAGUGUAUGGAGGUAGUACUGAUGAGGAAUUUGAUGAAUCUUCACCAAAACGUCCAACAAAUCCCUAUGCUUCCUCUAAAGCAGCUGCAGAGUGUUCUGUUCAGUCUUACUGGGAAAGAUACCAAUUCCCAGUUGUUAUCACACGGAGCAGUAAUGUUUAUGGACCUCACCAGUAUCCAGAAAAAGUUAUUCCAAAGUUUAUAUCUCUGUUGCAACAGAACAGAAAAUGCUGUAUUCAUGGUUCUGGACUUCAGAGACGGAAUUUCCUUUAUGCAGCAGAUGUAGUAGAAGCAUUCCUUACUGUCCUGAAGGAGGGAAAGCCAGGUGAAAUUUAUAACAUUGGAACUAACUUUGAGAUGUCCAUUGUCCAGCUUGCUAAGGAGUUAAUCCAUUUAAUAAAGAAGACUACUUCAGAAUCUGAAAUGGAGUACUGGAUGGAUUAUGUCAAAGACAGACCUACCAAUGACCUGAGAUACCCAAUGAACUCAGAAAAAAUGCACAAUUUAGGAUGGAGACCUAAAGUGCCUUGGAAAGAAGGAAUAAAGAAAACAAUUGAAUGGUACAAGGAAAACUUUCAUAACUGGAAAAACACAGAGAAAGCUUUGGAACCCUUUCCUGUGACAGAGCCAUUUGCACAGCUCAGUGGUCCAUAGGGUGGUGGAGAACCUGAAGGAGUUUAUUCUACCUCACACAGUCUUUUCUUCGAAGCCUUCAUUCCAGGUGGCCAAACCGAACUCUUAAUGUAUUCAAGAUAAGUGAACUGUGAUGAAUACAGAAUGACAAUACAGCACACCUUGAAGAGUUUCAGCACUUUCCAAGUGGAACCUGUUAAUUUCAGCUUUUGGUGCAAUACUAUAUUCUCACUAAGUAUUGAUUUUAAAGAACUAUACAGGGUGAAGAAUAUUUAUUAUGCUGUUAAUUAGUGUAACUGAAGCCAAAUCUGCCAUGUUAGUAAAGACUAAAUAAUUCCAGUUACAGUUUUGGGGACUUUCAAUGAAAUUUGUUUUAGCUCUGGAAUCAUUCACAUGCAUUAGUUUGUUCUUAAAGUGUAAUGUGUUAUUUUUGUCACUUUAAAGAUCUAUUUUUUAUCAAGGGGAAAUACUCUGUACUUUAUAUGCCAAGAGUAUAAAUCCAGUGAUACAAGCUAGAUAUGGUAUCCAUAUGGUUUGAUCCUUUUCUCUGUGGAUGACUGAUUAAACUUUUAUCUACUUUGUAACUUCAAA